AUGGCAGCGGCGAGAGGGGCAGGCGAGGGGGGCGUGGAGGAGGAGGAGGAGGAGGGGGCGGAGGCGGUGCAUGCAGAAGUGCUGGCGCUGUGGCAUGCCAGACUGGAGCACCUCGCAAGGGACCCGCUGCUCUGCGACUUCCCCACGCAGGUGACCCCCGAGAUCAGCUCGCAGGUGGCGCUCGAGUACGGGCAGGUGAUGACGGUGCACGUGCGCAGGGCAGAUGCCGCAGAGGCCCCCAUGCCUGUGGUGGUAGUGCAGAAUGCCUCCAUCUUGGACCUGAAGAAAGCCAUCCGGCCCUUCCUGCAGCUGAAGCAGGAGCGGGAAGGGGGCGUCCAGCACGUCAGCUAUGUUUGGCAAACCUACUUCUUAACCUUUGGUGGAGAGAAGCUGACAGAUGACCGGAGGAAGCUAGAGUACGGCAUCCAAAAUCAAGAUAAAGCCACCUUUAUAAAAAAGCUCCGGAAAUGA